CUGGGCAGCAAAAUGACGAGGCUACCAGCAAUCAAGGUGAUUUAACGACCACUUCUAUGUUAUAUAAGUCAACACUUCGAGCAUCUCAUGAUAAGAUGUGCAUAUCUGGUGUCGAGACAUCAAUUGACGGACCUCACUCGCACUAAUGGAUAAACCUAAAAUGGGAUGUUUUGGGGCAUCAGUUUUCCUUGCUUUAAGCAUUAUAAUGAUGCUGCACCUCAAGUCAGUUCUAGGAGGCAAUAUUUUGGUGGCUCCUACGACUGGGAUGUGCAGCCAUAUGAUUUCCAGCAUCGAGAUCGCCAAAACUUUGUCUUCGCGAGGGAACGAGGUAUGGGUCGUCAUGAAUGAGGAGACCCAUCGCCUGUACGUGCAGGGCCGCAUGGAGAUCCCGGACCAGAUCCACUUCGCGCUCUUCAAGACCUCUGUCACCGACAAAGAUGCCAUCACGUACGUCCGGCGGUACGUCUCUAAACAGUUGCGAGACGAGCGCGCCAGCACGGCCCUGCAAUACCGCAUCGAAGCAGAGGAUCGCGAGAUACAAGCACGCCUGGCUGGACGGAAAUUGGACGUCUUCAAGUCGUCCAGUUUCUUCAACGAUGACAUGCUGGGAAACUCCGAACUCAUCCAGAAGCUAAAGACAGUAGGAUUUGAUAUAAUCGUCGGUGAUUUUAUCUCAUGUCACCAAGUGUUUCUGAGCCAGGUUCUCCAAGUGCCAUACAUUCAUAUUGGUCUGACGCCAAUUGCGCCGUCGCAGCACGACUACUUUGCCCACACACCGAGCAAUCCAGCCUAUGUUCCCGAGAGAUUCAGCGCGCUCGCCGAUACCAUGACCUUCCGGGAACGUCUUAAAAACACCUUAUUGUACUGGUUCAUGAGUUACACCUACCAAAAGUACAUACUGACGCCAAUGGAUGAGGUCCUACAGAAGCGAAACAUCAGGCCCGAUGCCAACUUUGGUCAGCUGCUGUCGGAAGCUAAACUGUGGAUCUUCAACUCCGACUUCGUCGUGGAUUUUCCACGUCCGCUGAAUCCACAAGUCAAGUUCGUUGGUGGAUUUCUGACUGGUCCCGUCAAACCACUAAACAAGGAGUGGCAGUCGUUUGUUGAUAGCUCGGGCGACCACGGCAUAGUCAUUCUAGCACUGGGAACUCUCAUCAACGAUGAACUGACGGAGCAACAAGCUGAGAACAUCGCCUCCAGUCUGGCUCUACUCUCUCAGAAGGUGGCUUGGACUUACGGCGGUAAACUACCACAGACUCUCGGUAACAACACCAAGAUUGUCAAAUGGCUGCCGCAAAACGACCUGCUUGGUCACCCGAAGACCAGAGCUUUUAUUUCCCACGGUGGUCUGAACAGCAUCCAUCAGUGCAUCUACCACGCCGUACCGAUUGUGGGAAUCCCAGUCUUUGGGGAUCAGAAGGAUAACUUUAUUCGUCUCGGCGCCAGAGGAAUGUCCAUCUUACUCGACAUUCGUCGUCUGUCUGAUCGUUCCAUCUACGACGCCACGGUGGAAGUCAUUUAUAACAAAACGUACAAAGAGGCAGUCGAGCGUUACUCAGCGAUUGCUCGCGACCGCGUCAUGCCGAUGACCCCACUGGAAGAGGUCGCUUACUGGGUGGAGUACGCCGUCAAACACGGCACAGAUCAUCUCAAGCCACGCUCCAUGCACCUGUCGUUCGUUCAGAACUACCUGCUGGACGUAAUUGGCGUCACUGCCAUCAUGGCUGCAGCCAUAUAUUGGUGCCUUACCAAAAUCUGCUGUGGACUAUUUAGAAAGUUAAGUCCAUAAAUGGGUUCAUAUUUGUAAGACUGAGACAAAUGUAACAAUGAUGAACAGUGGAAAAACGAUGAACAUCGAAGACGGUAUUAUUACUCCCAACAUUUCAGUCAGAAUCGUAGGUUCUGCGUGCACGGGCGUCGCUGAAUUAAUUCAAGUGUGGGGUUGGGACCGGGAGGAGGGGGGACAAUGAAAUUUUCCAAAGACGGGUCCGGGAGGGUGGUUAUGAUAGCCAGGCAUUUCCCCCGUUUAUUUGGCCGCCGCGAAAUCGAAACGCUGGGGAAGGGCGCUUAGGGGUGUAUAGGGAGGAGGAUUUUGACAUUAGCUGACGAAUGGGGGGGGGGGGCUCUAUUCAAGGCGGACAGGACUGGACGUCUUACAAAAGUUGCCGCUAGGUGGCGCUGUUGAAAGCGGUUUAUUUCCCGACACGAUUUUUGUCGACAGGACAAUAUUAUGCCAGCUAAAAUGACUCACCCCCUCUAGUGACGCCCCUGCCUGCUCGAGAAGAUAAGCUUCGAAUGUUUUAACCGUUGAUUUUCCAGAAAAAUUCAAACGUAGGAUCACCAUAUGCUUAUCUUGUUAUUAAUCAAUUAACGAUAUUAAAUACCAGAUUAUCCGAACAUAAUGCCUAAUGCCAACGAAGCAUUCGAGAAUAUACGGAUUAAAGCUUAAAAAAAAAGAGAAUAUUAAUUUAAAGAUGUGAGAUUACAGUUCUUAUUUCUGCACCUUUAAGUGCAUCCUAUCUUCAACUUCAUUUAGGUCAAUAGAGGGCGCUAUACGCGCACCAAGAUGGUACACCGUACAACCAUCCACUAGGAUUAUUAUUGCCAGUUUGUUGAUGCGUGAGCCUGUCAUUAUUAGUAAUUAAGGGGAAUGUUAAUUCCCGGGUGUAUGCGGGUAUAGCAACGUACAGAAGAUUUGUAUACGAGCAAGUCAACGGACUGAACUUACUCAAGAUAACACAAUUUUUUUAUGUAUUCUAUAAAAAAAAAUGAAAAGGGAAACUCCGGAGGUUGCAGGUUUAAACCCCGCUUUUCAAUUACUUCGUUCUCCAACAAACAAAAAACCAUAAAAUCUUGGAACACGUAUACAAUCAGACGGAUGCCUCGGGUUUUUUUCCUCAGAAGUCAAAUCAUUUUAUUUCGCAGAAUUUCACAAAGUCUAGCAGUUGAUAUUUUGUGAUUUUUUUUUAUGUUCAAAUCGGAUCUGGAAGGAAAAAAUAAUUUACUUCCAUCUCUUGAUUAAAAUGCUAGCAUGGAAUGCAUUUUUUUGUCUUUAUUAAUCUAUCCUUUCUAAGGCAUUUCAUGUUUUUAAGAUGUCCACUAACAUUUGCUUUCGACACAUUGAUUUCACACAACAGGUUGUUUUUUUCUCUUCUGGUAAUUACAAUAAAGUCCGACUAGAAUAGGAUUAUUGUCUCGUAACCGACUUUAAUAAAAAUCAUCAAGCCUAAAGUAAAUACACUAAAUCCUUCUUGAUAUUACUGUUGUUUGCUUUAACACCUUCUACUGUAACUAUUAUUAAUGAAGUAAAUAAAUACAAUUGGAUGAUUUGCCAGGGA